AUGAGCUCGCCAACGCUUCAAAAACCUCCGGCGGACGUCUUGUCUCAGACAGAGCCUGUCUCUGAUGGUGAUGCUACCGGAUUAGACUCCGAUAUUGUCGUGGACUGGGAUCAUCGGGAAGAAGCCAGCGUCAGGCGCAAAGUCGAUUUUAUCUUAUUACCUAUUCUGGGCCUGGCCUUCUUCUCUCUGCAGGUCGACCGUGGGAAUAUCAGUGCCGCGCUGACAUCCACCAUUACAACCGACCUGGGCAUCACCACCAAUCAGAUCAACGUCGGAACUCAGUUACUGUCCGCCGGCAUCGUUCUAACUGAAAUACCUUCGAACAUCAUCUUGCAACGUGUUGGUCCUCAGAGAUGGUUAUCUGCUCAGUUGUUCGCCUGGGGACUUGUCGCUACAUUCCAGGCAUUUAUCAAGUCAUAUCCUGCAUAUCUGGUUACAAGACUUCUUUUGGGCUUGCUUGAGGGAGGGUUCAUUCCAGGAGCACUCUAUUAUAUAUCAACGUGGUACCGAAAAAGCGAGACCAGUCUUCGGAUUAGUCUGUUCUUCUUUGGCCAGAUAUUCGCGGGCGCAACGACAAGUCUCAUCUCUGCUGGACUCCUUAAGAUUGCCGGAAAGGGUGGAUUGGCGGGUUGGCAAUGGAUUUUCCUGGUCGAAGGAUUGAUCACCAUUUUCGCCGGAAUCGUCUUCGUCCUUUUCCUGCCUCCUCGAGUCGGCGAUGGACGUCCGCUUGUAUCUUUCGGGCGAUGGAGCUACUUUAACGAACGAGAAUCACGCAUUAUCAAGGACCGUGUGAUAAUCGAUGACCCUAUCAAGGCUCGCGGCCACAUCCGGAUCACUGGAAAAGAUAUCCUUAGAACCGCUCGAAACCCACGGAUCAUUCAGCACCUGUUCAUCACACUGGUAUCGAUGUCUGCCGUACAAGGGCUAACGCAAUACACGCCUUCAAUGAUCAAAUCGCUCGGGUUCAGCGCUGUGCGAGCUAAUGCCCUAGCCUCAGUGCCGAUAUACUGCUUCAUGGUUUUGCUGAUUCUUCUUUCAUAUUUAUGUGACAAAUUCGGUCAUCGUGGACCAGCAGUUCUAUUCGGCGCAACCUGGAAUCUAAUUACCUACGUCUGUUUCCGACAAACGUCUCGUCGUUCCUCCAGAUGGCACAGAUACGGAGUCAUUGUAGCUGCAGAUCUGUUCUAUGCUGGCGUACAUGUCUUGAACGUCGGCUGGCUUUCUGUAUAUUGCAAGACGCCCCAGGAGCGCAGUGUUGCCAUGGCGCUGAUCGUCAUGGCCGCAAAUUGCUCGGGUAUCUCUGGUUCGCAGAUCUUCCGAACUUCAGAUGCACCUCUAUACCGUCAUGCUUUGACGGCUAUCUGUGCCCUGGCAGGCGCUGCUUGGUUACAAAUUGUUGCACUAUGUCUUCAAACGUGGUAUUCCCAGGUGAAAAAGAAGAAACAAUAUACUGAGAAAACGAACGAGGCGGACGUCAAGAUUGCCACUUCGACUCCCUCGCCGGAGUCUUGA